AUGUUCGAAAACUUAUAUAACUGCCUGGCGCAGCAGUACCAUCAGUACGCACCAGGAGGAACGAGUGCGCAUAUUCCGACAACAAGCGAAGGCAUUUCUGGGACUUCAAUUGGUCAUGUAAUAAACAACGCCGGAGAAUUCACGGUAAAUGUAAACGUUGCACAGUUCCGUCCGGACGAUCUGAAAGUGAGCUUGGAGCAGGACCGGCUUAUCAUUGAAGGACAUCAGAAGCAGCAGCAGGACCAGCAUGGUACCAUCGAAAGGCAUUUCAUCCGUCGUUGCACUCUGCCCGGUGAUGUAGACAACAGUACACUGACGUCGCGUCUAAGUGGUACUGAUUUUCUGUAUUUUAUUUGGCGCAACUGA